GUCCUUAUUUUUUUGGGGUUAAAUAAUUCAAGUGUCUAGGAAAACACCUUAUCAUAUCCAUCUCCAAGACUAGAGACAGCCUUGUGAAACUGAUGAUAGAAAUAGUAUAUGAGACAUGGCAACCACCACAUCUCUAUCUACCCCUCUUCUCUCCUCCAUUCUCAACCCAAGACCUCGAUAUGCGCUUAAUCCCCUCACCUUUCACCCUCCUCUUUCCUCAAAAAGAAUCAUCCCCCUUGACAACUCACCUCACGAAAUCCCUCUAAAACCCACCCAAAUUCGGAGAAUCUCAGCUGUAUCUGGAGAUUCAUUGCCUUUAGAAGCAAACCCAGUUGAGAAUUCUGAGCAGAUAGUUUCCGGUGGUGAUGAUACUGGAUUCACCAUCAUUUCUGUUCUUCUGUUCAUAGCUUUCAUUGGCCUGUCCGUUCUCACUAUUGGGAUUGUCUACAUAGCAGUGACAGAUUUCUUGCAGAAGAGGGAGAGAGAGAAGUUUGAGAAAGAAGAGGCAGCUAAGAAGAAGAAGAAGAGUGGUAAAAAAGGGGUGGUGAGAUCUAGGGCUGGACCCAGAGGGUUUGGACAAAAAAUUGAGGGCGAUGAUGAAGAUUUUUAGAAUGCACAACAAUUGUAAGAUUCCCAUUGUUAUUAUUUUUUUGGGUACAGUCAAGGUUGUAGCCAUGAAGAAAUGAGAGUUUUGUUUCUGGCCAACUGUGUAGUCGUGUAGAGAGGAGAGUUUUGUUGCAACUCUUAGCUAAAAAGGUGAAAGGGUUCUACUCAACUGGAUUGCUUCUCACUAUAUGUUGUUGAAUCUAUCAUUGAAAUGCAGAAAUGGGUUUUUCUUCAUCCUUUUCUAAA